AUGGGAAAUCAAAGCAAUGUGACUGAGUUCAUUCUUUUGGGUCUUACAGCAAAUCCAGAGCUGCGGAAACUACUUUCCGCUGUGAUUUUAAUCAUGUAUGUUUUCAUGUUGUUGGGAAACAUAAUAAUCAUCAUAACCAUGAUGACAAGUCAGAGUUUGAGGUCACCUAUGUACUUUUUCCUCACUUUCUUGUCCCUUUUUGAUGUCACCUAUUCUUCUGUCAUUGUCCCAAAGUUGAUUGUGGACUCCCUCUCUGAGGAUACUACCAUCUCCUUUGAAGGCUGCAUGAUCCAGCUCUUCGCAGAACAUUGUUUUGGAGGUGUGGGGAUCAUCCUUCUCAUUGUGAUGGCCUAUGACCGCUAUGUGGCCAUCUGUAAGCCCCUACACUACAUGACCAUCAUGUGUCCUCGGAUGUGUUGUCUGCUUCUGGGAGGGGCUUUGGUGGGAGGCUUUGCACAUGCAACCAUUCAGCUUCUUUUUAUGUAUCAAAUACCUUUCUGUGGCCCAAAUGUCAUAGAUCACUUUGUGUGUGAUUUGUUUCCAUUACUAACACUGGCCUGCAUGGAUACCCACAUCUUGGGUCUCUUGGUCAUCCUCAACAGUGGAGUGAUGUGUGUGGCCAUCUUCCUCAUUCUAAUUGCCUCGUACAUAAUCAUUCUCUGUUCUCUGAAGUCUCAUAACUCUGAAGGGCGACACAAAGCCCUCUCCACCUGUAGCUCCCACCUCAUAGUAGUUUUACUGUUCUUCAUGCCUUGUAUUUUCUUGUAUGUAAGACCUGUGGCUACCUAUCCCAUAGACAAGGUGAUGGCUUUAUCUGAUUCAAUCAUCACACCCUUGUUGAAUCCUCUAAUCUAUACACUGAGGAAUGCAGAGGUGAAAAACUGCAUGAAGAAACUUUGGAUGACACAGGCAGCUUCAGUUGGCUGGUAA